UUAGUGUCCAGCUUCAUUCUUUUGCAUGUGGGUAUCCAGUUUUCCCAGCACCAUGCAUUGAGAAGACUUUGUGACACGUUGUUUUGAUUACUGUAGCUUUGUAGUAAGCUUUGACAUCAGGAAGCAUGAGUUCUUCAAUUUUGUUCUUUUUCAAGAUUGUUUUGGCUAUUUGGGAUUCCUUGAAAUUCCAUGUGAAUUUUAAAAUGGAUUUUCCUAUUUCUGUAAAAAUGUCACUGGGGUUUUGAGGGAUUCCAUUUAAUCUGAAGACCGCUUUAGGUAGUAUCAACAUCUUAAUAAUAUUGUUUUACAAUCCAUGAACAUGGGAUGUCCAUUUGUCUUUACUUUCAGGAACGUUUUAUAAUUUUCAUUAUACAAGUCUUUCACCUCCUAGGUUAGUGAAUUCCUAAAUAUUUUAUUCUUUUUGAUGCUAUUGUAAAUGGAAUUUUCUUAAUCUCCUCGCACUAUUGCUCAUUUUACAUAAUUUUUCCUAGAAUGAAACGUAUUUAAAUCGCUAUCUGGGUUUCCCUUUGGCAUAGCAGCCAGGGAAUGUAAAGUAACAUCAUGGACCACACACUGUCAACACAGAAGGCUAACUAAUCCUUACACUAUUCCAGAGGUUCAAAAAGGUUGAGAAACUUGCAGUCGAGGGUCUUGGACUGCGGACCGUGGGACAACGAAACUCAUGGUAACCACCGCCUACUCACAACAUCCUCUGAGGGGUGUCCUGCUAAACGAUGGAGGCUGGAACCCGUGGGUUGCUACAAUAGACUCACGGCCAGUAAGCCCUUCAUAAAACAAAGUGUUUUCCGCUUCGGCUGUCAGUCCCCCACCCCCCUCCCUGUAACAAAGGGCAAGCUCCUCGCAACGUGAGGCCACGGAUGUGGAGUCCAGUUUGGCCGACCCCUUCCCCGGGAAACGCGGCGAGCGGGGCCGGCAGUCACCACCACGGAGCCGCACUUCGCCCGACUCUGCCCAAGCUUCCCAGGCAGCCUGAGCUCCGCCGGCAACGUUUCAUGGGUCUCGCGAGACGACGGGUCCUUAUAAGGCCCGCACUUCCCCGUUUGUGAACGCAGCACUUUAGCUGUCAAGUUCAAUUCCAGGGCGCGGAAGCGGCCUUGGGGCGCCGCCUCAGAAACUAGCCCCGUUAGCCCCCGAAAGCCAGGCCUCCAGCGGCCAUGCAAGGCCAACAGGCGCAAGAAACCCAGACCACCCUCGCCCUCGCCCAGGCGCACUUCAACAAGGGCGACUACCCGGGGGCCGAGGCGCUGUAUUCCGCCUACAUUCGCCAGUGCGCCUGUGCGGGCCCCUCCGGAGCAGCUGCCGGGAGCCCUGAGGAUUUGGCUACCGCGUACAACAACAGGGGGCAAAUCAAGUACUUCAGGGUUGAUUUUUAUGAAGCCAUCGAUGACUACACAUCUGCCAUAGAAGUCCAACCCAAUUUCGAAGUCCCAUACUACAACAGAGGGUUGAUACUGUAUAGGCUGGGACACUUUGAUGAUGCUUUGGAAGAUUUCAAGAAAGUAUUAGACUUAAAUCCUGGAUUUCAAGAUGCUACUUUGAGCUUAAAACAGACUAUGCUAGACAAAGAAGAAAAACAAAGAAGAAAUUACUGAAAACAAUUAUAGAAAAUUUCAACUUAAUUGAAACAUUAAUGCAUGAUCCCUACACCUGGCAUCUCAUUGUCUCUAAAGUAGGUGCUGAGCUAUUUUGAUUUAUAUUGAAGAUAAAGGCAUUCAUGCAUUAACACUGAAAGUUAAAUAAUAUACCAGGGGUACUAAAAAAAUGUAUACACAUGACUUGUAUUCAUCUUUUGUUAUCGGUAUAUAUUAUUACAAUUUUAAUACAGCUCUUUUCUUAAAAUGUAUGUACAUUUUUUUUUUGGCACCCUCUGUAUUUAAUUAAGGUAGUUAAUUUCAGGUGCACUAUUUAUGUUGAAUAGGUAUGCUUUUUAUAAAGUGUAAAUAAAUAAUAAUUGUAAUUAUAUAUUAUUACAGUAAAAUAUUUAAAGAAA